UCCUCAUCCGCCAGUUCACAUAGAUCCUCCACUGUCAAAUUGGUCUUCAGAUCAUUUUCUGUCUCGUUUGUAGCAACGAAAAGCUGACAUUUUGCGGUGUUUACGAUAACAACUGCAUCAGUACAUAAGCACGCUACCGAAGCGUGCUUGACUCGAUUUUUGUUUUGAACGUUUUUUUGUUUUUUUUUUAAAGCUGAAAUCGGACACCGCUUAUGUUAUAGCGUCCAUGUCCUCCCGCAGGCUGCGCUGCGGAGUGAUAUUACAUUGGAACCGACAAUGUGGAGGCUGUUAAAAUGUCUACUUGGAAAAUGAAAUGGUUACAGUUUCUUUAACAGUGAAGAAAACGAGUAACGCAACAGUUAUGGUUCGUGUGACAGACGCGUGUUCAGCUGCGUGACAAAGACGACAGCGAGUCGAGGCGACAGAGGAGCUCUUCAUAUUGUCUUUCCUCAUCUUCAUCAAGCCCACAGUCCGGACCACGGGGGGAAGGAUCUUAUCCCUAACUUUGUUUUUUUUUUUUUCUUCUGUACUCGAGCCGCUCAUUUCUCCCGUCGGAUGCCACAUUGUUAAAUUCAGUCGCUCUCUGAGACUGAAAAGGCCACGUGAACAGCAGCAGCAGAGAAUGGCUGCAGUGGAAACAGACAAGGAGCUCAGCGACUUGCUGGAUUUCACCGCGAUGUUUGAGCUUCCAGUUUCAAAUGGCAAAAACCAGCCGACAACUCUCAACAGCCCUAAGUUUGGAGGUUCAGGUAUAGAUGAGAGGAAUGGGUCCAAUUCCUGGGGAGCAGGGGAACAAAAUAGUUCAUCUUUCAACCAGGGAAGGGGUUAUGCAGAAGAAGGCCUUUACGGUGAGCAGGAGGGCAUGGCUUCUGCUCCCAUAUUUGGAUCAGGGAUUGUUGGGAAAGCAGAAAGAAGACCGUACUCGUCACUUGGAAUCCAGCCGGCCUUCAUGCCCACUGAGAUACCCAUACCCAGUCCUGAUGCCCUAUCCCCAUCUGGUGCAAAGCCCAACUCCCAGUUUUAUUCCUCCUAUGCGGGAAGCAACCCUCGCAGGAGACCCUCACAGGACCCCAUAGAAUCACAGCCAAAAAAGAUCAGGAAGGUGCCUCCUGGCCUGCCCUCCUCUGUUUAUACAUCAGCCUCAGGGGAGGAUUUUAACCGAGACAAUGCUUGCUACACAGGCUCCAAGACAGGAAACGUCUACCCACCACCAUUCUUUAUGCAAGAAGGCCUCCACCCGCCCUCCGACCCAUGGGGCUCUGCCGGGUCGAUGGUUCAGCCUGGUUAUUCUGCCGUGCUGGGCAACACCCCCCAUCUGAGCCAGCAUGGUCCCUUCACUGCCAUCAACCCCCAGGUCAGACUGAAACGGCAACCUCUGCCCCUCUCUCCUCAAAACUACCCCCUGCAUGGCAGUGAAGUGAACGGGGCUCAUCCUGCUGGCUUCCACUCUGGCUCCAGCAGCUUUGGAGUCCCCAGCCACACACCCCCCAUCACUGGCAGCGAAACCAUUAUGGCAAAUCAGGGUGCAAUACCUGGAAGUUCAGGUGACGAGAUUGGAAAAGCUUUGGCAUCUAUCUAUCCUUCAGACACAAACAGCAACGCUUUCCCUCCGUCCCCUUCUACUCCCUCUGGCUCUCCUCAGGCUGUAUCAGGCUCUGCAUCCCAGUGGACUCGAUCUUCUGGUCAGGCCACACCUUCACCUAACUUUGAUGGGGGAAUUCAGUCUAUGCAGAGUAAACUGGAGGAUCAUCUGGAUGAAGCCAUCAAUGUCCUUCAGCGUCAUGCCAACGGGCCAGGACUUGCUGAAAUGCACGGUUUGCUCACAUCAGGCUUAGGGUUACCGCUGGCCUUCGGCAGCGCAGCUGUGGGACUUCCCAGUCGCCUGCAGGGAAUGGUGUCCAGUCACCAUGAGGACUCUGCUGGUCUGCCAUCUAGUGGGGGACUUUUGCAUGGGCACCAUGGGUCUGCAUCUGUGCCACCGGGCUCUCAGCCUGAAGGCUUUUCAGGCCUGCCUGGUAACAUAAAUCGUUCCGCUGCUGCUAUCAAACAAGAGCUGAAUGAGGACGAUGAGAACUGCUCCAUGACAGACAAGUCAGAAGACGAGAAAAAAGAAAUGAAAUCCCGCCCUCGUACAAGCUGCAGCCUUGUCUCUGUGACCGAUGAGAACCUGACGGCUGAGGAGAAGGAGCAGAGGGAGCGUGACCGCCGCCUUGCUAACAACGCUAGGGAGAGAGUGCGUGUUCGUGACAUAAACGAAGCCUUCAGAGAGCUGGGCAGGAUGUGUCAGGUCCACCUGCAGAGCGACAAGGCCCAGACCAAGCUGGUCAUCCUGCAGCAGGCUGUCCAGGUCAUACUGGGUCUGGAGAAGCAGGUGCGAGAGCGUAAUUUGAACCCAAAGGCCGCCUGCCUCAAGAGGAGGGAAGAGGAGAAAGUGUCCGGUGUGGACCCCCAGAUGCAGCUUGGUGGGGGUCACCCUGCUGUAGGAGGAGAUGGACACAACCCUGUGAGCCAUAUGUAACUCUCAGUUCCUGUCGAUUGUACAGCCCUUAGAACAAGUGGCCUUAAUAUUUCAUUGGCAUGCAUCUCAGCGUGUUAAUUGACUGUUGGGAAACACACGCACACACCUUACUGACAAAGCAGGUGGCCACAUUCCUGACGAUGAAUAACAAGUACACCAAUACAAAAAGUGAAGAAGAAAGAUUUAUUGAUCUCCACAUAGCAACACAUUAAACCGAGGACACUGGUUUAAAGAGUGUGGAAACUGGACAUAAAACAUUAUGAUCAUCAUGGUUUUGUAAGACAUUUUAAAAAUUGCUUUAUGCUUUGGGAGCAAAACUUGUUUGGAUCAAAUGAAGCAUUUGGAUCAAUUGCUCACGUGAGCAAAGUUAGGAUUUGUAUUGGUGGAUAAUUAUUGGCAUUCCCAUCAGAAAAGGAGGUCUUACAUCUUCACAAGCAAAGAGGGCGGAUUUGUCUCUGUUCAGUUAUGCCUGAAGUGGGCUUAAUGCAUAGUGUUUGGUUGAUGGAAAUCAUAAAUAUGCUCUUGACUGAAUUACAGAGGUAGGUUUGGAGAUAUCCUGCCAGUAAGAGCUUACUCCUCUAUUUGACAUGCUGGUAAUCCGGGCUGCAUUUCCUACAUUUAUUACCAUGGCUGAAAAGGCGUCGCACACUCGCACUGGGUUCAUUUCUGCUCUUGAACUGUGGAUACCUGAACUCAAAGUCCUGUACGUCUGUUACUGUCACUGCCAUGCAAGUGGAACGGAAAGACUGCCGGAGAGAGAUUCACUGCGGACAUGAAAACGUGACUCAGUGCAGAACCCACAGUGCUGUUGAAUCAACCGCGCAUACUGACAUCCCAACCCCGCCUGUGAGGACUUGAGCAUCGUUCUCAGUUUCAGCUGCAUCAGCCCGCCCACAUCCAAUCAUGAAUAAAGACACUGUUACAGCAUGAUAAACCUACUUAACACAAGUCUCAGAGCAGUUUGUGUUGUGGUAAAUUACAUUUUGCUAGAAGACAGAAAUAACUGAGUAUUUAAAGGGAUCAUGAGUGUUACUGCUAUCUUUUGGAGAAUUUAUUGCCACUGACUGACUUGUUUUGGUUGCUCUGUGUUGAGCGUUUGUUGUUCUGUUUGUUUUCCUUCCCCUUUGGAACAAUUGCAGAGCCUGUUACAAGGAUCUUCAUUUUGUAGAAUUGAUUUGUGAUUGUUUUUGUUUUUGUUUUAUUUUUUACUCUGUAAAAUAGUUGUAAGAGUUUUGUUUGUAUCAUUUGAAAUGUUUUGUUUUUUUUGUUGUUGUUUAAAUUGUUUUAAGUGUAAGAUGACCCAGUUUAGAUUACAGGAACAAAGUGAGGUGUUUUCUUGGGUGCCAGGUGUGGGGGGUAGAAAUGACAAGAAUCGUCUGGCUGCAGCAUCACAUGUUGUGACUAUCUUAUUUUAUUUUUUUACUCCCUAUUUGACCACAAACCUGUCAGGCUGUUUGUAGUUUGAUUGUUCUGCUGUUUGACAGUUUUUUUCCUUUGGCUUACCCCCUUCUGCUUCAGGCUCUUUGAGCCUGUUGAUUAAUUUUGGAGGAAGGGGGGGUGGUGAUCUGCACAAUCUGCAACAACAUUUGUUGUUUCAUAAUAAUAUUAAGCUUAAGAUGAAUCAAAAAGGGUGGCCUUGGUCAUUUUCCUGACUGCGGGAGUUUUGAUAUUGGUUCUCACCAGUGCCUGAAUACGUCUCUGCUACACAGCGGAUUUAAGGAGUUCUAGGUUGUACCUUUUUAUAAUAGAGAUGUAUAAAAGCAUAUACACUUCAGUAACCCUUGUCAGCGUCUCAAAUACCUAAAUGAAGAAUCACACUCCGUGACGUGCUUCUGUGUGUGUGUGUGUGUGUGUGUGUGUGUGUGUGUGUGUGUCAAGAGAUGUAAGCUGACUUAUCUGGUCUACAACUUUGAUGCUGAAAAUUGUACAUCUUUUGUGUUCAGAUUUUUACUUAUGAUUUUGUUCUAAACUGGCAUGUGAAUUGAUACAUAUGUACAGCUGUAUGAUAUGUCCUUAUCAGCAUUAUCAUUGCAAGCCGAUACUGAAAUGUAACAGUAUUUCUCAUUAUUUCACAAAUUUUGCCUAUCGGGGUAGCCUCAGAUAUAAUUUUUCUUUACCACUUAUUCUGGUCUUUUCCCCCCACAACAACAUUGUGUUUUUGUGAUGUGGUUUAUUGCUACUAAAGACUUUUUAUUUCUUUACAUAUGAAAGAUGUGUCUGCAGUAACCCUGUAUCAAAACACAAGCACCUGACCUUUUCUGUCCUCCACAACAGGCGACCUGCUACAGAUCUGUCUUCACUCAUGUUUGGGGGCAACAUCUAUGUAGGCUAAGUCCUCAAAGUGCCUCCAGUUUCCUAUUUUUUUAUAUAUAAAGUAGAUAUUGAGAACUGUUGUGUAUAUAACAGUAAUGUAGCAAUAAAUGUGCCAUUUUUAAUAAAACUUUCUCUUUUUA